CUCGUAAGCAGGAGAUUAUCAAGGUUACUGAGCAGUUGAUUGAAGCUAUCAACAAUGGGGACUUUGAAGCUUACACAAAAAUCUGUGAUCCAGGCCUUACAUCUUUUGAACCUGAAGCUUUGGGUAAUCUAGUAGAAGGGAUGGACUUUCACCGGUUUUACUUUGAAAAUGCUUUAUCCAAAAGUAACAAGCCAAUCCACACCAUUAUCCUCAAUCCUCACGUCCACCUCGUGGGUGACGAUGCUGCUUGCAUUGCAUAUAUACGGCUCACACAGUACAUGGAUGGAAGCGGGAUGCCAAAGACUAUGCAGUCAGAGGAAACGCGGGUCUGGCACCGUCGUGAUGGGAAGUGGCAGAAUGUUCAUUUUCACCGUUCAGGGUCACCAACAGUACCUAUCAAUGCCUAGCACAGCGGGAUCCCAAUCAUGACUUCGGCCCCUAGAUGCUACGCUAAAAAUAUCAGCGGUGCCGCUCUUGCAUUUUCUGUACCCAACGCACCUGGUUGAUUACCAUCUUGGCCAUCCCGUUCUCUUCAUGCAUGUUUCUGAGUGCAUGAAGUUGUGAAGGUUCUUCAUGUAACACAUUUGUGAUGCACCAUGUUGCUGUAUAUUCCAUCUGUACACUGUUAACAUUUCAAUGAAGGUGAUGUUCCAUGCAAAUAGAGAAUAACAAGGCAUAAAAGGCAAAAAAAUAUUUGAUGGACAGCAGUAGAUACAGAAUACAUUUGUCACUCUCUCCAUUUAUGCCAGGUUUUGACAGACAACUUUAAAAACUAUCCUGUUUAUUAAAAAAAAAAAAAAAAGAAAAAAAAAGUACGUUUUACCCACUUUUUUUAAGAACUGUUUUUUGACUCCUCCUUUUCCCCUGAGUCCCAGGAUUUUGCUUUGGUUCUGGUAGGAAGGGUUAGGAUUUCCGCUGGCAGCUCCGUUACUGUAAAACAGAUUUUUAUUACAGCAUGUAGAUGGACAAAAUCACUGAUAAAUGUGGAAAUGAUAAUAUCUUGGCUUUGGACCAGCUGAAGCCUUCUUAGUUUAUUAGUCUAUGUAAACUGGAACAAUCUCAUCAUUUGCUGGCUUGGUCACUUCAGAAUUAACUGUCAAUGUUCUGGUGAGCCAGCAGCUUCUUUUUUUUCCUUUUGAGUCUUUACCUUUGCUUUCUUACUAUGCUAACUGAAAAUUUCUAUUGGAUGAUUAAGCAAAAUUAAAAGUUGUAAGGAACUAAGUGAUGAUUGAGGGGCAGUUUUGGAGGAUUAAAAUGGAAGAAUAGAGAAAGAAAGAUUUUUAUCGCUUUCAGGGUGUGCUGUAAAUUUUUUAAGGAGGCUUUAAAGAAUAUAAAAUUUUGGUUAAGCUGUAGACCAGUUGUGUGGUUAAUAUGCUCGAGAAACGUUAGGCCUUAAAAGCUUAGUACGAAGAGUCUACUUACUUUACACUGCUGCUGUUGCUUCUCUGGAAAUGUAUUAUGGAUACACCCGUUUUCUAGUAAGACUCUAACACUUCACCACAGAUUUGUUUCUCCCCCCUCUUCCCCCUCAAUCUGCUCUUGGUUUCUUAAAAUCCUCACGCAGCGUACGGUAUCCCGGACAACAAUCUUUGCAGCGUUACCAACUUGGUUUGGCCCCCGAUCCGCCGCUGCGAGCGCCUGUACGCUGCGCGGGGAGCGCUCUCGGCGUCAGUUCAGAACACAAACUUUGUCGCAGGGACUGGUUUUGCUUCCAUUACGUUGCUGUGAAAAUAACAUCCUUGCACGCAUUUAGGUUUAUUCCCUUCCAUUUUUAAUAGCAAAAUACAGGGAUCGGUUAUUUCUUGGUUUGCAUUUGUUAGUUGUUCUGUUACCGACAGGGCUAACUGUUUUCCGCAGCGCUGUAUAGUGCAUGAUAGCUCAAUCAAUGUCCUUUUUAGCAGUUAAAAAUUUACAACUCGGCAGCCUGAAGUUUUUAAAAUGGGAAGGCUUCCUAAUUUGUAUCAUUUCACCUUUCUGUGUUGAUUACUAAUCAAAAGCAGUUCUUAAACAUUUUGGUGUUGUUACUAGUGGAUGUAUGGUAGGUGGAUUUAAGCUUCUCUGAUAAUUACUACAUGAUUUUAAACAAUAUAUAUUUAAAAUAAGCAUCUACAAUAAAUGUGUUGAGCCA